AUGGAAUACGACGAGGAGGGCCGGGAGUUUCUCGAGAGUGAGGGUCUCCGGUGCCCUUAUAUCCAGGUCUGGGGCUUCAUUCGUCAACCAAGCCCAAUCGAUCCCCAUGAAGUUUGGGAAAACGACUACGUGAUCUUGGCCUUGAAUCUACUGGUGCACCGAAUUGCUGAAUAUCAUUGUCCUCUUGUCAAGGCCGUAUGCUACGCCGCCACAGCGCAUUAUACCGUUGCUCGCUUCCCAGACUAUCACGCGACGAUUGUAGUGAGUCUCCAGGCUUUAGCGAUCAUGCACCCUAGAACAAUAGAUACUCGGACAACUUUGCGGGAACCUGUCGAGGACAAAAAGGCCGCGAGAGAUCUCGUAGCGAACCAAUUUUCGCUCUCACUGACGGCUAAUAGCAUAAGAUUGACAACCUCUAUCGUCGCGCAGAACAUCUUUGUGUCGCCCGAGCCUGUUACGCUCGAUCAUGCAGCGACCCAUUCUUUUGUAUACCGUGGCCCCGAGGCGAGACUCCUCGUCAUGUUUAAGCUAUUAUGGGCAACGUGGUAUUACACCGCAUUGGCCUAG